UCAGUACCUUCAAGAUAUAUUUAACUCGUUGUCAUUAACUACACACUAUGGACUCUAUUGACAUCUGGUAUUUGAAGGAGGUGUAUGUAUGGAGGACAGCAGCCAGCAUGACGUGGUAUCUCCUAUCGCUACCAGUACUCACUGUUGUGUAUGCCCUCAUUGCACAGCUCAAUCCACUACACCCACUCACAUGGAUAACAGACACAUUCUCUGCCAUGCUGUCUGUUUACUUCAUUUCUACUGCGGGCAUCAUAAUGGCAGCUGAUGGAGGCCUCGCUUUGCUGUCAGCAUCGGCCUACUCAGUUGUUCCCGAAUGUUACCGACAUCCGACUGAGGAAGGUGGCAUGGCUGCUGAGACCGGGGUGUCUGGUGCACAUAUCAGUGUACAUGGCCGCUGGCUUUGUCAUUUCAUGUUGCUCCUCCAUAUAUGCAGGCGACAGAUUCUCGGGAUUCGUCAAGUACACAGAAUACGAAGGUGACAUUGUCUACCUGAACGAAUGCCAUGUGAUGUUUGUUAUGUAUGGGUUGUACACAGGGCUGUACUUCUGCUGCCAAUUCCACCUGUAUCAACUCAACUACCUACAGUUUCCCAUCAUCCAGAGGGAGAAGUUUUUUCAAGUCCGCAGUGAGGUGGCGUCUAUGUUUAUCAGAUGUGUCACGGAGACUCUCCACCAAAUGAAAUACUUUUACCUGCUAUACUUUUUACUAGGCCACAUACCCAGAGGAUGGAUUCUACACAGUUUGAACCUCAUGCUGAGCCCAGAUGCUCAGCCUCUGGACACUGUGUGGGGUCUCCUGGAUGUGGGCGUCGCCAUCCAGCUGUUGCUGCUUGGGUGCUUCCUUAACUACACCUGGAGUCUCUCCGUUCUCCUCUACCGAGUCUACCACACUGAGAGGCUGGAGUUCCCAGUGGACAGUGCCUUUGACAGCUACAAGAACAAGAGCCUGCUGUCAGCCAUUUCCUGUCAGAACAAGGCCUUGCUUCAGCACCUGGGUUACCUGGAUCUGCUACACCUGGCCAGAUUUUCACCUGUACGACGCAGACAGGUACUCACUCUCAGUCAGCCAGGUGGCCACCCACACACCUGGAACAAGUUGUCUGCAGCCUGCCUUGGGGACAUUGACCUUCUCACAACACAGGUUCAGGAGUCCAACUGGAGUGCUAUGGCAGGGGUCGCCCACAAGCCCCAAUGUGUGUCGGAUGCAGGUGAGGGGUCCACCUUGCGGUACCGCAGUAGUGCAGGGGUUAACACAAUAUUCACAGGGACAAAAGAAGGGGAGAGCAAAUCAAGUACAACGGCAGCAGCUCCAUCCACUCCAUGGACAGACAAGGUGACUUCCUUCCUGGCACAGAAACCCCUCAUCGGCUUCUUCUUCCGUCAGCUGCCAGAUGCUAAAAGCAGGCAGUUGUUUGCUAACUCCCAGAAACAGAUCUGGGCAAUUGAUGCGCUGUCAUAUCUGGUGGCAGCAUCCUUCACAGAAGACAAGUUUGGCAUCGUCCAGCGUUCACUUCCCUCCAUCCUUGCCAGCCUGCUUAACCUUCAUGAGAAUGUUGAGAAGCACUUCAAGUUGAGUUCUAGUUCAAGUCGCCGCACACAGAAGGUGUCACCAUAUCCCAGCGACGCCCCUCUCCGCCACCAACUACACUCGGCCCUUAAAACAUCCAUAUACAGAAUUGUCAAUGUGUUUGGGACCCAUCUGAUGGAUGUGCCUCUGAGUGCAGAGUGCAGGAAAAAAUUGUCUCCAUUCAUUGAUUUCCGAGAAUGAUUAUAAAGGAUACCAGAUACAGUCGUUGUCAAGAAUUCAGGAUUUGAAGAGUUUCAAGACAAACUGCCGGCAGUACACCACCAACAUUCAUCAGGAGAUUUCCCUGCAUAAAUACACUUUGGGGGAAUCAAUGAUUGCCUUUGCCCCUUCUAAUCACACUGCCACAGUGUAUGUGGCAUAUGUUUCCUUGGUAUAUAGUGGCUUCUGUUUGUAUAUAAACUGCAUUUGAAGGCAUUCUCUCAGGAUCAUGUGCUGAAUUCGUGCAGCACUUCCAUGCACAAUUCCUGAGAAAAGUGUUCACAAGGUUCAUUAUGGGUAAAGUACAUCUAUUCCUAAUGAGGUUUGCCUCUUUUGUUUCUUUACACAAGGAAAGAACACAAGAACGUCUUUCACACUGGAAGUGUCUCAGUAACAGCAAGAAGCUCCUGAAGAGGCUGGAUAUCUAGUGCUACUCUUGAAGUGUGCCAAGAAUCAUGGUUGUCAUGUCAUGUAAACAUUUGUACUUGUUUAGACCACAUGGUCACAUUGUAUUUAUCAUCUUGCAGAGAUGUUUGCAUUAAUGUAUGUGCUAACAUUGGUAUUGUCAGGUAUGAGAUGGCGUUGACAUUAUGUGGUCCUUUACUUGGUUGACAUUGAGCAAAUUAUGUCAACAUCAGCCAAAUCAAUGAAGAAAUAAUGUCAGUUACUUAGCUAAUGUCGACAUGUUCUCAGUUUCUGAGAUAUCAUUGACUUAACACCAUAAGUGACUAAUCUGACAUAAACAUUUUGCCAUCAACAACUAGACAGACACUGAAAUAAUGUCAUCACUGAGUAAUCUGACAUUAACAAUAUGUCAUCAAUGACUGAUCUCAUGUUGACAUUAUUUCAACAAUUACUUAGCUCACACUGACAUCAUCAUCAUCAUCAGUGACCUUGAUGCCACUGACAUAAGGUCACGAAUAAUUUUCUAGCUGACGUUGACGUGAUACAAGCCGAUUGUGACAUAAUGUCAGUGUGAACUAAGUUGACUAAACUGGAUGUACUGCCUCAAACAUCUGAAACUAUACAUUUACAUUAUGUCAACCAUGGCUUAUCUCAUAUUGACAUGUGAUCAAGGACUUAACUGAUAAUAACAUUAUCCUGUCAACAACUUACACAAUAAAAAAUCACAUUAGUAUUAUGACUUUGCUGACUUCAGCAUCAUUAAUGACUGUUAGAAGAAGGAAAUUUUCAUUCUCAAUCAUGAAUAAACACAUUUGUGGCCUGGCUAAAUGAUGUGUUUUAUUGUCAGACCACCCAUGGAUACAUUCAAAUGCGUUCACCAAUAAAAGUGUAUCACCCUACCUGUCA